CGCUGUCGUUUCAUUCCCCUUUCCCUCAAUGCUCCCAUUCCUCUUCCUGCUCUUCCUUUUCUUUUUCUUCUGCUCCGUCGACGUUACGACGUCAUUCCCCGCCGAUGCCGACCUCUCCAACUUCACCCAAACCUUCGACUGCGGGCCCUUCCGGAACCUCACCUACCCCUUCACCGGCGGGAGCCGCCCCUCCUACUGCGGCCCGCCGGAGUUCCAACUCAGCUGCGUCGAUGACUCGCCCGAGUUGAUCAUCUCGUCGCUGAGCUACCGGGUUCUCAAACUCGACCAGGUUCACCAGAACCUCACCCUCGCCCGCUCCGACCUCUGGAACUCGACCUGCACCGACAAACUCGCUAACUCAACUCUCGAGUCCGAGUUCUUCACCUACGACGAGGACGACGACAUGGAUGUCACCAUUUUCUACGGCUGUAAUUCCACCUUAAUCCCUCCUAAACCUAAGAACUGGUUUUUCUGCGACCUUAACUUGACUUUCGACGACGCUUAUUACGUGAUCGGGCCGGUACCGAGCGAUCCUAUCGUGAGCAGGUUCAAGUGCUCCGUCGGGAUUACGGUGCCGAUUCUCAAAACCACGGCGGCGGUGCUGGUCGCCAACGGGUCUCUGUUUGGAGAGGCGAUCAUGACCGGCUUCAAUGUCAAUUAUACCAACCCGUACGAGAAGCAGUGCGCUAAGUGUCUCAAUGUCUAUGGGCUUUGCGGGUUUGACUCGGAUAAGAACCGACCCGUUUGCAUUUGCGGCAAUCGAGUCUGUAACCCAGCAGGUAAAGGAAAGCCAAUAAAGUUAAUUGUGAGCCUUACGGUUGUUUGUUUUAUCGGUGUAUUGCGUGCCAUAGUGUUCGGUUUGUGCAGGAUGAGAGCUAAGCAAAAAGGACACAUCAAAUUAACAAUGACGCACAUCAAAAUAACAAGGGACACCCUUCAAGAAUAUAUAGGUGGAAAACAUGAUGAGCUACUGAUCUAUGAUUUUGAAAGCAUAUUUGUUGCCAUGGACAAUUUCAGCACCGAAAACAAACUCGGGCAAGGAGGAUUUGGUCCAGUUUAUAAGGGUAAGCUAGCAGAAGGGAAGGAAAUAGCAGUAAAAAGACUAUCCAGUACCUCAGGACAAGGUGCAGUAGAGUUCAAGAAUGAAAUGAUGUUGAUCUCCAAUCUCCAACACAAAAAUCUCCAAUCCCCCGCUUGACAUUCCUCUUCCAAUUCAGCCCACAAGUCAAUUCAGUUGCAGCAUAAACAGUACUGCCACUUCCAAUAAUUACUACGUCACAAAUUUUGGGUUGCCGAAUAUUAGUGGUAACUGCAAAACGACUGUCACGGCCAGCAUUUCUCAAUCCGCAGCUGCAAAUCUGGUGUUGAAUUCGUCCAAGGAUAAUCUGGUUGCUGCACUUGACUCCGGGAUUGGGUUGAAGUGGGAUGCAAGCAAUACCUUGUGUGACCAAUGUCGAGGGUCAGGGGGUCAGUGCGGGUACAAUAUAUCUUCAGCUGAAUUCACCUGCUUCUGUAAGGAUGGACAUACUCCCUCAAACUGUGAAGGUAUGCGCCUAAACAUCUUUCCACUAUGUUUAUGAUAGAAUUUGACUAUCGGUCUAACCCAAAACCAAUUAGCAAUAUGCGGAAUAAACUUUAGAUUCCUGACUAGGAUUGAUGCGCUCAACAAUCUGGGUCUUAGACAAUACGCUGGUGUUUGAAGGGUUAGAUUGACGCCCCCUUUUAGUUUCUGUCCUCCAAUUUUAGUACUUUGUACUAUGGCAAGGCUUCCUCAGCAACCAAUGCGCUGCCUCAAAUUAGAGAACCAUCUGCAUUUGUUAGAACAAGUACAUAUUCUACUCUAACAAGUUAAUAGAGUGCACGGAUAUGAAAUUAGAACUUGAUAGAGUGCAUAAAUUGUCGUGCAGGAUUUUCUUAGAUGGCUAAGAAAGUUUAAAUUACCAUUUUAGGAUGGUUUUAUAUCCAUUUGUUUUAGGCUUUAGCACGUAUUCAUUUGUUUUUUGUUAGAGACUAAGGAAAAUGCAUGAGAGAAAUGAUAGAUGAAAGAGGGCGGAGGAAGGAUAUGGUGGAAUGUGGAAGUAAUCUAUACGGAAUUAAUAGAAGAGACGGACUUUAAGAGCAUGUAACACACAUUAUGUGCUCGUGCGCCAAUUCUCUGUUUUUAACUUUCUUCUUUUCCUAAACUAGUGAUCUAACUUUGUGCUAUGCUAAAUUUUCUCCUAUUCUAUGUUCUUAAACUACUUUUUAAAAUUUUAUUUUAUUUUCUAUAAAGAAGGGAAUUUCCGCACAUCAUUUUCUCCUUGUGCAUUCUUCUAAGUUUGCUCCCAUUGUUUGUGUUUUUUUUUUUUUGAACAAACGAUAUUAUCUAUAUUAAGGGGGAGAGGGUGGACUUAGCCUCAUAAUGGGCUAGCAAUAAAGUGGUUCAAAUUCACCUUUGGUAAAAAUCGAACUUAAGACAUCUCACUUACAAGUGAAGAGAAAUACAAUUAGACCAUAAUAUUAAGUGAUUGCUCCCAUUCUUUGUUCUUAAACUAGUGCUAUAACCAUGCUCGCUACCAAUUAACUUUCUCACUCUUAUUGUGGGCUCUCACAAUCCCAUCCAUUUUCUUUCACAUUACCAUGACCAUGACAAAAGCCAUGUGGCAUUCGAUGGGAAACUUCAAGUUGGGUGGGUGCCCUCUUUUUUUCUGAUUUCUUAAUAAAAGCAUUUCCAAAUUAUGCUUCUAGAUUCCAAUCUCCGUUUAGGGUGGCCAUUUUCCAUGCCAAAACAAAACCAACUCACUCAUAUCACAUGUGUGUCAUAUGUAGGUGCAUUUUUAGGCCAAUGCAAAUAACCUUGGCAGAAUGUUGAGAUAUAUUGCUAUUAAAAAAUUAUUUUUGUAUUUGAUAACUUGUUAGUUUCUCAGCAAUAUUAACACAAGAAUUGUGAUUAUGUGAUAUAAUUUGCAUCCAUUAAUCAAGAGAAUGCAUUAUACUAUUUGCAUAAUUUUUUUGUAUUUGUUUUUUUUUUCGUGUUUUAUUAUUUUUGGGGUUCGAUAGGGUAAAUUAGUUCUUUUUUUUAUUAGUGUGGUAUGUGUCGGGGAUAGAUUUAAGAGAAAUAUUAAGGAGAUUUUUUCAAAAGUGAGACUCUUCAUGAACUUUCUAUCACCUUAUGUUUUUGCCAAAAUAUUUUAUUAAUGUUAGUAUGAGAAUUUAUGUUAAACUAGAAUGUCGCAGAAAGUUCAUUAAAAAUCUUACUUUUGAGAGAAUUUCUUUAGCAUUUCGCUAGAUUUAAAGUAGGAUGAUAUUUGACAAUGGCUCCUAAUACAAACAACAUAAUUCGCACGGUUAAUUAUCUUUUCUUGUCAUCUAAAAAUUAUUUUAGAAAGCUGCGAAGUUCCUCGUACUAGAUGUCUAAAUAAAAUUAUGCCUCUGGUUAAACGUCAUGUUCGUACUAGAUGUCUAAAAAUUAUCUUUUCUUGACAUCUAGUACUUAAUUGGGUGAUGGGUUCAUGUCUUAGUCUCCUUUUUACUUGUUUCUCUUGUUUUCUGUUGUUUACACAUGAAAAUAUGUCAAUAUCAACCCUUUGAGAAACGUUUUCUCAAUUGAAUGUGAAAUAAAAAUAUUUAACUUCUGUGCA